CCGCCGCAACCAAUCUUCGUGACCGCAGAGAAACGGUGAAAUGUCCGAACUCGCAGCAAUCCUUGCCCGCCGGCGCGCCAAGGACGGCACGGGAGAAGACGCACCCAAGGAAGGUCCAUCAAGUGUAGCGACACCUUCUGCUGGCAUCACGCGGUCUUCACCACCGAAGCCAUUUCAACCCAGGACGUUCUCGCAUGGGUUUCCAGGGACUGCAGCACUAGCUCCUACUGCAUCACCAACCGAUCCCUCCUCGUCGUCCGCGAUGUCGUCAGACGCUCCAUCAGAGUCAGACGCUCCAUCGGAAUCCCCAGCGAAUUCACCACCACCACCCUUGGUAAGCAGCGGAGACAUGGCGUCUCCAUCGGGUCGCAAAACGUCGUCGAAGAUUGCUGCCUUGCAAGGGAAUUUGGGUGCUUUGAACUUGAAUGCAUUCCGUCCACCGCCGGCGCGUAAAUCUCACACGGUCAGUGCCAUGACAACAGGGGAAGACUACGAUUACGAAAGAACGAUGAAGACAGGCGUGUCCGUUCCUGGUAUGAGCGGCGGUAUUCCCAUGGUUGGGCUUACACGUCCUGGUGUGGCGCUGCCGGGGUUGGCGUCCAACGAACCUGCCGUGCUCACGUCUGCACCUGAACCAGAGCCGGCCGCUGUUUCACACGCCACGUUGACUCGUGCUACUGGUCCCAAGCGUCGUGCGCCCACAAAACCCAAAGCCGCUGCGAUAUCUUCUUCCGACACGACUACAUUGAGCACGGAUGACGACGCACCUCUCUUUCCCACGUCCUCCGACGCAUCACCCUCGAUUCCCGUCGUCGCAGCGGUAGUCGUCUCGGCUCCAUCACCAAAGCAUGUGGCACAAACGACGACGUCGGAACUACCUCGUCGGCCUUCCAUAGGCCUCUUUGGGGCCCUUCCAAGUCAACCUCCAUCUGCUUUGUCUGGGGAUGCUUCGUCUGGCGACACCAAACGCCCCACCAGCGGCGCCAUCCCCGCGUCGUCCUUGUUUGGCUCUGCAGUCGAGAAGCGACCCAGUGGCGGUGAAUCCUCUUCCCUGUUCAGCACCCCUCCUCCCCCCCAUGCUGCCGCUGUCUCUGUCCCGCAUCCCGCGUCGUUGUUUGGGACAGAUGUGGACGACGAAGAUGAGUCGUCGGAUGAGUGGGACGACGACAAGCCCGCCACGACGAGCCAGGCCCAUGCAACCCCCCCUCUCUUCACUGCCAUCAAGCAGCCGCCGCCGCCACCACCGGCAGUGCCCCACCCAGCCACGUCCAAGACUUUCUCGGCGUCCAAUUUGUUUGGAGCGAGCGACAGCGACGACGAUGACGCGGAAGGUCUCUUUGGCACUGGAUUGCCCACCAAGUAACUGACAAGAUCAAAAUAUAUACCCACUUGCGUGUUCCUUCAAGAUGGCCCGGCCCCACAGUUUAUUACCCCUCCAACAUCGUAGUACCAUUGUUCUGUACACGUUUUAGCAGUUCAGUUGUCGAGUAUGGCCGUGUGCCCGAUAUAUUUGGCUGUGUGCCCGACAUGCCAUUGCC